CAUUUUUGCGCUUUUUUUUUCUUUUCUUUCUCUUGAAGUUUGUUUAAAUCAUGAGCAACGAUCGUAUCCCUGUCACUGUAUUAACCGGCUUCUUGGGUAGUGGCAAGACCACACUUUUGAACUAUAUACUCAAAGCCCAACACGGCAAAAAGAUUGCCGUGAUAGAAAACGAGUUUGGGGAAGUAGCCAUUGACGAUAAACUCGUUGUUGUCGAUGCUGGACAAGAAAUAUACGAGACGCAGAACGGAUGCCUUUGUUGCAAGGUGCGAGGCGAUCUAGUAAAGAUCCUUCAUGAGCUGAUCGAAGCCAAAAAGCCUUUGGAUAUGGUGUUAAUUGAAACUACUGGUAUGGCCGAUCCAGGUCCGGUAGUCCAGACCUUCUUUGUGGAUGAAAAGGUGCAGGAAGCGUUUAAAAUGGAUGCAAUUGUCACCAUGGUCGAUGCCAAACAUGCAGAAAUGCACUUGACGAAAGAUACCGACCAACGAGCUGAAGCAUAUCAACAAAUCGCAUUUGCCGACGUUUUGUUACUUAACAAGAUCGACCUUGUUCAACGGUCAGACCGGGACAAGAUCAUUGACCGGAUAAAGGAAAUCAAUGAUGUACAAAUCAUCCCUUGCGAGUAUGGACAUGUGGAUCUCGACAAGAUCAUCAAUAUCGGUGGAUUUGAUCUUGACCGCGUACUUGAACGAAAACCUGCAUUUUUGCGUGAGGCAGAAGAAGAAGGAAAAGAAGGACAUGGCCAUGAUCACGAGCAUAAGCGUCAUGACGAGCUUGUCACAUCUGUCGGCAUCAGUGAAAAAGGCGAGCUUGAUUUUGAUCAUCUCAAUCGUUGGAUACAGAGUGUAUUAGCAUCGUUAGGCCCCAACAUUUAUCGCACGAAAGGUAUUCUUAAUGUGGAAGGAGAAGAAGACCGAUAUGUCUUUCAGGGUGUACAUAUGAUCUUUGAUGGACAACAAGAUCGAGCAUGGCAUGAAGGAGAAGACCGGACGAACAAGCUAGUGUUCAUUGGCAAAAAUUUAAAGCGAGAAGCACUUGUAGAAAGCUUUAAACAAUGCAUUGUAAACAAAUAAGAGUAACUGUACAUGAUUUAUUAUGAGU